AGCAUUUGAUGAUCUUCCGUCAAACACGUAAGAUAUGUUAAAAAUAACAUUCAAAUCUGUAGAGGUACCCAUUUCCAUUAAAAAGUUGAUUGCACUUUUUAAAAAUAGAUUUAGAUAAUAUUCUCUUUAUUGAAGCAGUUGUGUACAUCUAUAUUAAAUAAAAUAGACAAAUGCAUAUUACAUAUGCAUAUAUGGAUUUAUAAAUUGAAAUUACUGAAACUGGAGGAAGAUUGAGGAAGUUUUAUACAUACAUAUAUUUUCAUUUGGGCGUACAUAUACAAAUUUUGAUGGAAGUAAUUAUCUUAUUAUGUCACUCUGGAAAGCAUCAUUUUAAUAAUUUUCGGAACCUGGUCCAUUUAAAACAAUGACAAACUCCAAUGAAGAUUUUUGAUAUUAUAGGAUGACUUGCCACUUUUCGUAAUGACGAUGGAGAAAAUUGUUCCUUUGAAUCUGUUACGGGUUGGUUUUUGCUCAAGGUGGAAAUUGUGAGCUCAAUUAAAUAAAUUUACUGUGGACAAUAACUGUUCUAAGAUCCCUAAAAUAUGUAUAAAUAUUGGACAUUUCAGGUAGUCACUAGUUGUUUGUUGAAGCAGUGGUUGACUUCAAUUUGUUUUUGCUUGUUUUGUGGGAUUUAUAAAGUGUAAUAAAAUGAAGAGUGUGGAAAUUAAGUAUACAAAUCUGUUCAUCAACAAUGAGUUUGUUCCCGCAAAGUCUGGGAAAACUUUUGAAGUAAUCAAUCCAGCAACUCUGGAGAAGCUUGCAGAUGUAGCUGAGGCAGAAGAAGCUGACGUCGAUUCUGCUGUGUUAGCUGCUAGAAAAGCAUUCCACAGAAAUUCUGCUUGGAGGAAAUUAGAUCCAUCUGGGCGAUCCCAACUGAUAAAUAAAUUGGCUGAUUUAAUAGAGCGCGAUCAGGAAAUCCUAUCAACUAUAGAGACCAUGGAAGUCGGUAAACCAUUAAUUGAAUCAAAAUACUCAGUUGGAUUAGCCGUUCAGGUUUUACGCCAUUAUGCUGCUUGGUGUGAUAAAUUUUUUGGUGAAACCUGUCCUGCACCAGGAAACCUCAUCUCAAUGACCAGGAAGGAACCAGUUGGAGUUGUUGGACAAAUAAUUCCGUGGAAUGGUCCCAUUACCAUGUUAGGUUGGAAAUGGGGUCCAGCUUUGGCUGCAGGUUGUACGAUAGUCCUUAAACCGGCAGAAGAUACGCCGUUAGGAGCUCUACACAUUGCAUCUCUAGUUUUAGAAGCAGGUUUUCCGCCUGGUGUUAUAAAUGUAGUUCCUGGAUAUGGCCGCACUGCCGGCGCUGCAAUUGCAAGUCAUAUGGAUAUAAAUAAAGUUGCUUUCACUGGAUCCAUUCCUACUGGAAAGCUCAUAAUGGCUGCAGCUGCCAAUUCAAAUUUGAAGCGUGUAACUUUGGAGCUAGGUGGCAAGAGUCCAUUAGUUGUUUGCGAGGAUUUUGAUCUGGAUAAAGCAGCUGAAAUUUCUUAUAGAGGCAUUUUUGCAAACGCUGGUCAAAUUUGUGUUGCUCCAAGCCGGGUUUUUGUUCACGAGAGCAUUCACGAUGCUUUCUUGGAAAAGUUAGUAGCGAAGGCUAAAUCACGUAAAGUCGGUAAUCCUUUAGAAACAGGCAUUGAACAGGGCCCGCAAGUUAACGAGGCAAUGUUUAAGAGGGUAAUCAACUAUAUCGAAAUUGGGAAAACUGAAGGGGCCAAACUUGUAGCCGGUGGAAAACCCUUGGACAAAAAAGGUUACUUCAUUGAACCAACCGUUUUUGCAGAUGUUACUGAUAGUAUGCGAAUUGCAAAGGAGGAGAUUUUCGGUCCAGUUCUAUGCGUUUUAAAAUAUAAAACAAUGGAUGAGGUCAUUGAUCGCGCUAAUAACACACACUUCGGAUUGGCUUCAGGAAUAUUGACUAAUGAUAUUAACAAGGCGAUGACUUAUGCAAGUGCGAUUGAAUCGGGCUUGGUAUGGGUCAAUGGAUAUAUGUCCAUGUCACUUUCUAGUCCUUUUGGAGGAUAUAAACAAUCGGGUAUUGGAAGAGAACUUGGUCGUUAUGGAUUGGAAAACUACCUUGAAACUAAGACAAUUACAAUCAAUAUUUCCCCAGCCAUCUAGUGUUACAUGUAUUCGUUUUGGGUGACAUUAAAUGUGUACCGUGUGCGUAAAAAUUAUAACAAUAAAGUAGAGUUUUCAAGAGAGA